CGCCCGGCCUCUCAUGCGAGCGCGGCUUCUUCAUCUUUUGCUCCUGCCGCUCGUAGCGCUGAGCUGCAGCGACUUUCGGCUGCAUACGGACGGUGUCGUCGUCUCGGCGCGGACGAUGGACUUCAACUUGGAUCUGCAAAGCACGCUCGAGAUCGUACCGCGCGCGACGCUCAUUGAAGAGCCGCUGGCAAAAGACUGCGCGUCGUGCGCCGACUAUGGCUGGCGCAACCGGUACGGCUUUGUCGGCCUCAACAUGCUCAGCCUCAACGUCGCCACGGACGGGCUCAAUGAGGCCGGGCUCUCGGCGGCGUGGCUGUACCUCGUCGGCACCACGUACCCGACGCCCAAUACAACGGACGUGCGGCCUGUCGUGACGUCGGUCAUUACGUACAUUUUGGGCAACUACGCAACCGUCGCCGACGUCAAGUCCGGCUUGACCAAGGUGCAAAUCGCCGAGCCGCACCCGGGCGUGUCCAAGCUUCUGGGCACCGACUCGGGGUUCCAGUCGCUGCCGCUGCACAUUGCCGUGCACGAUGCGGCGGGUCAGAGCCUCGUGAUUGAAUUCAUUGACGGCAUGGUGCAUAUGCAUGACAACCCGAACGGGGUCAUGACCAACGCGCCGCCGCUGCCGACACACCUCGCCUCGCUGGCAAGCAUCGACAAGAGAAACGCCAGCCUCCCGGGCGGGUACGACUCCGAGUCGCGCUUCCUCCGCCUCUCGUUGCUCAACGACGUCGUGGCACAGCCGUACUUGGCAGCGACGAGCUACAAUGCGUCGACACCCGAGCAAGCGAGCAUCUCGGCGGCGCUGCACCUCAUCGACACGGUCACAAUCCCCGCCGCCGCCUUGCACAAUGGCGGGUCCACGCAGUUUAGUGUCGUGCGUGAUCAUGUCCAGCGCAAGCUGUAUGUCAAGGCGACGCAGAACCAAGUGCUCCGCGUCGUCGACGUCGGGUCGCUCGACUUUGCCGACGCCGGCCUGCGCAAGUCGAUUCCCGUCACCUUUGGCGACUGGUUUGUCAACAUCACGGACGAUCUUCUCGCCGCGACGGGUCACUCGAAGGACAUGCCGCCGCGUAGCUUUGUGGUCGCGGCGCUGCGGUCGGCGCCGGUGAAGACGCAACUUACGACGAAUGCUGCUGGUGACCAGUCGCAUGCGCUCACGUUUGCGCUCGGCACGAUCGUCGGCAUGGCCAUGAUGGCGAUCGUGAACGCGGUCGUUGCCAAGUACCGUCGCUACACGUACGUGUCGAUUCAAUAGAGAAAGUCGUGAGUUGUCGCUUGUAGCAAGAGUAAAUAUUUUCAAUUGAACUACCUUUGCUUGUAGC